UCUUCUGACGCGAGGUAUGCGCAGAUGCCUGGAAGCGCACUUGGAUGAGCGACGAGAUACCCAGUGCCAGGCCCAGUUUUGGCUUUUGCAAGUCGUAGAAUCGUCUGUGCUUUAUCAUAUGUUUCUCCCGAGCAUAGUUUUAUCAGGCUUUGUCUUUCAAGUGCUGCUGCCAUCGCGAAGGUGGAAGAACAAGACGCGAGCGUGACAGCUGACGCGUGACAUGUAUAUUUGUGACCAUAACGGUGCAAGCAACAGCAGGCUGCAGCAUCUGCAUCCUGCACAAAUCCUGCGCGUUGGCUAUUGCCCAACUACAAUGACCAUAGCCUACCAAUACGGUCACAACCUUCUAAGAUAAGAGUUGCCAUAGCCAAAGCGCUGUGGGCCAGUAGGACUGCAUAAAAGCAUCCCUUGUUUCUUUUCUUUUCCCGCACUCCAUUUUUUUUUUCCUUCCAUACAAAAUGCGCAUUCCUCUAAUUACAAGUCCUCGAUACCAAGAUGUUGGUCGCCGAAAAGGUGGUGGUGGGGGCGGAAAAGGUGGAGGUGGAAAGGGCAGCGGCAAAGGUGGUGGUGGCGCCAAUGGUAGCUCAGGGAGUGGGGACUUUUCAGGCAAGACAUCAAAGGUACCAAUCACCGGUGGCUCCGCCAGCGGCAAGAGCACCGCAACGGCGUACGGAUAUGGAGGUGGGAAACCCGAAACGAUUCCUACUGGACAAUUAUUUGCUGGACGUACUGCUGGAGGGGCUACAAGAGCACAGAUCUACGGUACAAGAAUGUAUGGUAGCGGAUAUCCUGGAUACUCUGGCUAUGGUGUUGCGGGCCGAGGAUUUCCGUUUUGGUUUUGGCCGGUUGUCUGGGGUGGAUCUACCAGUCAGUACUUGAACGAUUCUGAAUACGGCGAUUCGUUCAAUACCAGUAGACUGGGUGGACCGAUGGCACAGGCCAACUUCAUUUCGAAUCACACGGGUUCUACUUUCCACGUACUAUCUGACAACAGCACGAUCGGCUCGUUGAUCCAUUCUAUCGACACCAAUUGCUCAUCGAGUUUGUCAUCUUUGAGUUCAAAAACUCCAUCGCCGUAUAAUUCAUCCGCUCCAGGAGGCGCUGAACCGGAACAAGCUAUACAGUACUACCGCUCUUCCAGCAUCGUGCUAACUUUGGAUGGCUACAACAACUCCGCUACGUUCGACAGUAAUCCGAAUGUCACGGACUCGCCGUUGCCUUCUGGGGUCGACACGAUUCUCUUAAAUUGCUUGAACUACACGAUCGGACAGGCUGCUCCGUUGAUUGAUAAUGCCAGCUCGCGGUAUAUCUCGCCAUCAUGUUUUGGCUUUGCCAGCCUCGCUUGGCUGAUAUGGCUUCUGGCGCACUAUGCAUGA